UUGUUUGCAUGUUUUAGGUGAGAAACUGGUGUUGUUGAAGUCUCGCUUGCAAGAAGCCAUGGCCAUUCGCAGAAAGGAGGAGAGAGAGCGCAGAGCGGCUUUGCAUCGUCUUGAUAAUGAGGAUUGUGGCGACGAGGAGGAGGAGGAGGAGAUGACUGAGUCAGAGGAUGAAGAGGGUGUUGAUGAACUGUUGGGGGGUGGUGAUGAUGAAGAGGAGGCAUUGGACAAGGAGGAAGGGGAAGAUGACGUUUCGGUGAAAACGUGCCCGUCUCCAGGCUUCAAGAGCGGCUCUCCGGCCCCUGCAGACACUGAUGGAACAUUAAUGCUGUUUGCCGGAAGCUCCUGUUCCCGGACAGGGGAUGGUGUGAGAAGAUCAGGAGCUGCUGGCAACGAAGCAUACAAUAAAAUGGAGGAGGAUGACGCCCUGUCAUUGGCGAAGGACAGCAGCCACAACAGUAGCUUCGAGCUGAUGGCUUCGAUGAUCCCAUCCUACCAGCCGGUGAGCAGAGCAGCCGGGCGAGGCCUGUCCCACAGUGUGUUUCGCUCUCCCUCUCCCUGCCUCUUCCGGCCCAGCUUCCUCGGCUCCGCCUCCAAGAGCUCGGGUAAGAUGUCCGAACCCUCGCUGUCACUCCCGGUGGAGGAUUCCCAGGACCUUUACGCUCCCUCUUCCCCGAGCGAGUGUGCCGUGCCCCAGGCCGGAGACUCCCAGGGGCGCUUCUCUCUGGAGGACGACACACACUCUCAGCUACUCGAUGCCGACACACACUCCCAGCUACUGGAUGCCGACGGCUUCCUAAACGCCGGCCCUCGAGGCGUUCCCAGCCGAUCCCACAAACGCCAGCUCAUACUGGACAGCCUGGAUGAGAACGCCAUGGACGCCAACAUGGGCGAGCUCCUGGGGCUCUGCUCCGGGGCCUUCGGGUCGAGCCAGACCCAGCCUGGAGUGGAGGACGAGCUGUUGGGCUUGUGUUCGGGAGCGUUCACCACUCAGCCCGAAGAGCCGGCCGUGAAGCCCAGGGAGAAGAGCGAGACUGCAGAGCCAAAGGAGCGGGGAGGAGAGAGUCACGACAUGGACCAGCUGCUGGCGCUCUGCUCUGGCAAGUUCACCGGGAGCCCAUCUGCUUCUUCCCUGCGAUCCGUCUCCAGUCCUGCCUUUGAAAAGCCUUCUGAAACAAACAGGGACCAGAACUUGACUGAAGAUCAGGAGGAGGAGGAGGGUGACUGCGAGUUCCGGUUCGUUUCAGAUGUGGACAGCCUCAGUGAAAAGGAGGACAAUGAGGAUAAAUCAGAUACCGAAGAGGAGGAAACUGAAAAUGAAGAGGACGAGGAACGGGAAGCGGUUUUUGGGCGACGCCCUUGCAAGAAGAAAAACCGUUUGGCCCAGUUUGUGGAGUCUGAGGCGGAGCUUUCUGGCAGUGAUGUAGGCAGUGAGGAUGAGGAUGAUGAAGCUGGAGAUGAAUACGAGGAGGAGGAGCUGCAAGAAGAGCUGCCAUCAGAUGAGGAACUGAUGGACCAAGUUAACAAAAUUCACAUGAAGCAGAUCCUCGAUGAUGAUAAGCGUAAACUGAGGCUCUAUCAGGAGCGUUAUCUCGCUGAUGGAGAUCUGCAUUCUGACGGACCCGGACGAGCUCGUCGUUUCCGCUGGAAAAACAUCGAUGACAACUUUGAGUUUGGUGGAAUGGGUCCUGACGGAGACGAGGAAGAGGAAGACGAAGAAAUCGAUCAAAUUGAAUUACAAAGACGUAAAGAACGGAUAGAGCGGGAUCAAUGGAUGAGAGAACAGACUGAAGCCCGGGCCAAAAAGGGAGAGGAUGGAGAUGCAGAAGAUGAAAAGAUUGGAGAUGAGGACAGUCAAUUCAUGAAGCUAGCCAAGAAGCUAACGGCUAAGACCCUUCAGAAGAGAGACCCUUCAGCUGUUCCUCAGGAGAAAGCGGCUCCCAAUGCCAACCAGUUCAGGAAGCCCUUCCAACCCACUGUGGUGAAGAGAGGCUCGUUGCUCAGUCAGCCUCGAGCGCUGUUGCAGAAGUUGGCCAAUAUCUCGGACAGCAACCCGUUGGCCCCGAGAAACUCACGAGGUUUCCUCUUCCAAACCCUGUCCCCGGAGAAAGAGCCGUCGACCUUGCAGGGACCUAGAAAACAGAUGAAGAGACGAGGCCUGGAUUCUCCGGCUCCGGCUGCCAAACGCUCGUGUGUCGGUAACGCCGUCGCUCCCGCCGGACCGCCGCGGAGUAUCUUCAGCUUUCUGGAGAACUGACCAUCACAACCACUGUCACAGUAUUACUAACGAUUACUACAGAACUAUAUACGUCCCUGUGUCUAUACUAAAUGCUAUGAUGAGUUUGGCUUGUUUUAGACUAUUUCUAUCAUGUACAUAUUGCGAUUUCAUCGUUUAAGUGAUGUAAUUUUAUUUGUUUUUAUAAAGUUGUAAAUUAAAAGUGUAUUUUAAAUCAUCACAGC